AAUAAGAUGAUUCGUCUGUAUAAAUACGAUGUAACGUCUCACUCCAUACAAUCGUAAUACAACGCUUGAAUCAUGUUGAAAUUGUUAACAUUCGUGUGUAUGGCAAUUAUUUGUCAGGCGAAAGAUAUCGAUUCAGGGGAAUUAUUAUACGGGACGUAUAAAGUCGUGUACACAUCACCAGAAGCGACGCAACCAAUCCCAUGCACAGAAGUUGUUUUCUCAAAACCACCAGAAAAUGCUAAUAUAAAUUGCCACUGUGAAAACCAACCGAAAAAGGAAAUAUUAAUACACGAGAGAGUGAAAUCGAGUCAGAAUAUGGAAUUUAAUUUGUUAGUUGAUUUCGUUGAUAAUGUCGAGGAUUUGGAAUCGACGCUGGCCAAUAAAUGCUCGUGCACACCAUCAAACAGAUCGAGAACGAUACUUCAGAAAGGAGGAGGUGAUUCUUUACUGCAAUAUGUGCAAGGAGGUGCAAGAGCGUAUGUGUUAGCUAAAGAAGUACCUAAGCCGGAGGAACUUAGAGCAUUAAUAAAUAACUUCCCCAACUUAAGAGACGCUAAAGGUACCGUAUUGUGCUCGUGAUUAAGUUAAUGUCUGUACUUGUUUAAAAACAUGUCGUCUCUAUCUAUGUUAAGGAGAGUGAAAGGGACAGCAAUGCUUUUUUUAUAUAAUUCUUCGCCAGUGAUAUGAUAAGUAAAUGAAUU